AUGGAAUCAUUUUUCACCUUAAUUGUUCAAGUUGCGAAAGGCCUUGGUGGAAUGAUAACGCUUAUUUUAACCCUGGCAAACCAAACGGAAGUGCUUCACAGUCCACGAAUUGAUGAGGGGCUGAACACGGUGGGCCGUGUUCACAGGCUCCUGAGAAAGGGUAACUAUGCUGAGCGUGUGGGUGCCGGAGCGCCGGUCUAUCUGGCUGCGGUGCUGGAGUAUCUGACGGCUGAAAUCCUGGAGCUGGCCGGCAACGCGGCCCGGGACAACAAGAAGACCCGCAUCAUCCCCAGGCACCUGCAGCUGGCCGUGCGCAACGACGAGGAGCUCAACAAGCUGCUGGGAGGGGUGACCAUCGCUCAGGGCGGGGUGCUGCCUAAUAUCCAGGCCGUGCUGCUGCCCAAGAAAACCACCGCUGGGGGCGCCGCUAAAAAGUGAAGAGACCAUUCUUGAAUCUGACAAUCCAAAGGCUCUUUUAAGAGCCACUCACAGCGUCUGUGAAAAGGGCUAAACUCUGUCGGAUUGAUUAUU